UUCCAUCAAUUCUUUUGUCCCUCCUUUGUCAUGCAAACCCACAACUUUUUUUUUCUCUUUCUUUUCUUUGAAACCAAACAGAAAAUUGAAUUUUCUUUUCCAAGUUAUUCUUCUAAGCCUUUGGUUGUUUGGCAAUAAUAGUACAGAUGGUGAAGAGAUAAAAUUAAGUUAAGAAAAAGGAAAAAGAAGAAGAAAUUAGUAGUGGGAAUGGAAGGGUUGGAUGGUUUGAUAGAGAGGCUAUUGGAAGCAAGAAAAUGUAGAGGAAAAAGAAUACAGAUGAGUGAGUCUGAGAUCCGCCAACUUUGUAUUACUGCCAAGGAUGUCUUCCUCAGCCAGCCCAAUCUCUUGGAAUUAGAAGCUCCCAUCAAUGUUUGUGGAGACAUACAUGGACAGUACUCAGACCUCCUCCGGUUAUUCGAAUAUGGGGGUUUUCCCCCUGACUCCAACUACCUACUCCUGGGAGACUACGUGGAUAGAGGAAAACAAAGUAUAGAGACAAUAUCCCUUCUCCUCUGCUACAAGAUCAAGUACCCUGAUAACUUCUUUCUCCUCCGAGGAAACCAUGAAUGUGCUUCCAUCAACAGAAUCUACGGCUUCUACGACGAGUGCAAGCGCCGCUUCAGUGUCCGCCUGUGGAAGAUUUUCACCGACUGCUUCAACUGUUUACCGGUCGCCGCUAUCAUCGAGAAUAAAAUAUUGUGCAUGCAUGGUGGGCUGUCGCCGGAGAUAGAGAGCUUGGAUCAGAUAAGGGCCAUAGAGAGGCCGGUGGAUGUGCCGGACCAAGGCCUCUUGUGUGAUCUGCUGUGGGCUGAUCCUGACAGAGAUAUCAAGGGAUGGGGGGAGAAUGAUAGGGGUGUUUCCUAUACUUUUGGAGCUGAUAAGGUGGCCGAAUUCUUGAAGAAGCAUGAUCUUGAUCUCAUAUGUCGAGCCCAUCAGGUUGUGGAAGAUGGAUACGAAUUCUUUGCAGAGAGGCAGCUGGUAACAAUAUUCUCAGCUCCAAACUACUGUGGAGAAUUCAACAAUGCAGGGGCACUGAUGAGUGUAGAUGCAAGUUUGCUUUGCUCAUUUCAGAUUCUCAAACCCUUCAAAGCAAAGGAGUGAUGAGUGUAAAACAAAACCCUCAACAGUGGUAUCAGCAAGCUGUGAAAAGAAUGCUUAUAGGUGUGACUACUCUGUAACUAUUAAAUUAACAAAUAAGGAGACAACCCAUCCAUAUCGACUUGCCUUUGCUACCAUCUCUCAUCACUGACAUCACUUAUUAACUCCUGUGUAAAUAUUGUUGGUCCCCAUGACUUAAAACAUUGUUUGCUUCCAACAUGUUAAUAUUCAUGGUUUCAAAAA